AUCAGAUCUGUUUUCGCCAUCUACCCAACUCCAUCCAAACCUCACCACAUAUCACCUUUGAAUUAACCACACUCAACUACAUAUUACAUACUCACAAUGUUCAAGCGUCUGGUCACCGUCGCUCCCCGCGUCGGCGCUGCGGCGCCCCGUACUGUCGCACCCCUCUCGGCUCUGCAGUCCGUCCAGCCUAUCCAGCGUCGUGUCGCUGUCCCUGCUCCUACCCAGCGAAGGGGAUACCACGAGAAGGUCCUUGAUCACUACAACAACCCCCGCAACGUCGGCUCCUUCAAGAAGGGCGACAUGGACGUCGGUACCGGUCUCGUCGGUGCCCCCGCCUGUGGCGAUGUCAUGAAGCUCCAGAUCCGUGUUAACAAGGAUACCGGUCGCAUUGAUGAUGUUGUUUUCAAGACCUUUGGCUGUGGUAGUGCUAUCGCUUCAUCAAGCUACCUUACCGAGCUUGUUCGCGGCAUGUCCCUUGAUGAGGCUGGCAAGAUUAAGAACACUGAUGUGGCGAAGGAGCUCUGCCUCCCUCCCGUUAAGCUUCACUGCUCCAUGCUUGCCGAGGAUGCCAUCAAGUCCGCCAUUUCCGACUACUACACCAAGAACCCCAAGGCCAAGACCACCGAUCUGUCCGGAACUGGCGCUGCCAUUCCCGAUGUGACUGCCACCGUUGGUAGCGCCGCUGCCGCCGUAUAAAUUGAAUAAUAAAGCGGAGGGAUCCGGAUCGGAUUCCAGGGUUGAAAUAGACCUCGGAUCCAACGUUCAUUUUUGUUCUUGUUCUGAUUUUGGACUGAGAUGUGAUUACCCUAAGAGCGUUGUGAAACACAAGCACAAUCCUUUGAUCGAGCGAUACCGGGUUCCGGAUUCCGGAAUAAGAAUGGAUGGAAUGGUCGUCGAGACUGAGAAUGUUUCGGUGAUGGAAGUUUCAAACAAAUACGCGUCAUUUGUUUGCUGUACAGAUUUUCUUUUUUACUUUCUUUGCAUGUUUGAAUCUUUUUUUUUCUCUUUUUUCUGUGGGGGCGCCUCGGUAUCUGGGAUCCUCGAUCGAUACUCUAUUCUUCAAAAGCGAUGGUGCCUUGAUAGUUUCAAUGAAACGAUGAAAACAGAA